AUGUCUGCCCGCACUGCCCAGCUGAGGAGGCUGCUGUCCUCCCCCGACAUUCUUAUGACCCCCUGCUGCUAUGACGGGCUGUCGUCCCGGCUCAUCGAGGCGGCGGGCUUCCAGGCCGCCUUCAUGUCGGGCUUUUGCACCAGCGCCGCCCGCCUGGGCGCCCCCGACGCCGGCCUGCUCUCGUACGCUGAGAUGACGGAGCAGGCGCGGUGCUGCGUUGAGGCCACGGCCGCCCUGCCCAUCAUCGGUGACGGCGACACGGGCUACGGGAAUGCCAUGAAUGUGAAGCGCACAGUGAGGGGCUAUGCGGCAGCCGGCCUGUCUGGCAUUCUGCUGGAGGAUCAGGAGUGGCCCAAGUCGUGUGGGCACGUGGGCAGGAAGCGGGUGGUGGGCAGGGAGGAGGCGCUGGCGCGCGUGAGGGCGGCCUGCGAUGCAAGGGAUGAGGGCAGCGGCAUCGUCGUCAUCGCCCGCUCCGACGCGCGGCAGGCGGUUGGGCUGAGCGAGGCCCUGCAUCGCGCGGCGGCCUUUGCCGAGGCGGGGGCGGACGUCGUCUUUGUGGACGCGCUGGAGAGCGAUGAAGAAAUGGCGGCGCUUUGCGGCGUCGCAGGGGUCGUGAAGAUGGCCAACAUGCUCGAGGGGGGCCGCACGCCCAUCCUGCCCCCUCAUGCGCUGCAGGCCAUGGGCUUUGGGAUCGUGGCCUACCCACUGUCCCUGUUGGGGGUCUGCAUCUCCGGCAUGCAGCAGGCCCUGCAGGACCUCAAGGGGGGCCACAUCCCGGCAGGCCUGCCCUCCUUCCAGGAAAUUCAAGGAGUGGUGGGCUUUCCCGAGUACUUUAGGGAGGCUGACCACUACAAGGCCACAAGCCAGGGUGCGGUGGGGUCACCCUGA